AUGCUGGAUCUUUUGUCGCGGACGUGUCCCCAUCUGUGUCCCGGGGUUCAGGCAGCAGCGAAGGCACUUGAGUAUGAUGGCGCCUGCGAGCACCUGCAUGGCACUUCGCUGCACGACUUACAUAAGCCUGUAGUGGUUUUAGGCGCCUCUGGGUUCGACGCAGCCGUACUUAAGGAGCUACCGCCAGUGGCCAGUGGCAUCCGUCGAAACGAUGAUACUCGUCUAGGUAUCGAAGGCGCUCUAAUGCCCUUUGCAACCAGCACUGCGCGCAGCGCGCACCCGUAUGUCGGAUUCGGCGGUGUCGAACACCCUGACAAUUGUAAAGAAGCUGCACUGCCGAGUCGAGCGCGAAGCGGCCUGGGCGUGCUCGCAUAA